UAGACCCAAGCAUACCCAGUUAUACCAGGCUGAAAGAGCUGCGCGAUGGAAGGGAAUGUACUCUAGAGGAAUUAUCAUGUUCUAGGAAAGCCUACCCUCAGUGGUGUGCUGGAGCCAGCUCUUACAGGUUCAUCAGAGAGAGCUUAUUGGUAUGGCUUCCCAACCCCAUAUUAAGUGACUUCAUGUUGGUAGCUUGAAAUUGGUCAUGGAAGAAAUAUUUACAGAAAUUGGCGAAAAAUGCAAAUCAGUACCUCCCCUGAAAAGGUUAUUAUGCAUCUACCAGCAGACUACUGAUGUAGGUGUAGCAACCACAAAAGGGAAUUCUCUCCCUUGUGAUCCUGCUGGACAUUUGGGCCUAGUUAGAGAAAGCCCACAAGGACUUUGCAGGCAUUACAUUCUUUAUGGCUGGAAUAUUGCUAAGGCUUUAUGUUCUACGCUAUUGAGAGGCUGAUAAGGAGUAAGGUGGAGUAAGAAAUGACACAAACUAUGAGGGAUCACUAGGUCUCGAUUGGUAAGAAAAAAUGAAGUGAGUGCCAGAAGAAAAGAAUUCCUUUCCCUGGUUUUUUGAUUCUUGGGAGACUUGAGGACCUCUUUACUGCAGUCCUUUCCACACUCCACCACCAGGGGGAGGUCUUGCGCGGUCUCCAGGCGGAUCAGCUCUGCCCGGCGUGGCGACGCUCUAGUCGUCUAUUCUCUAAGGCAUCGGGAAGCCGCCUCAGUCCUCUAGGAAGUCGCGUCUUCGGGUACGCAGUCUGAGGGUUGUCCGUCAUGGCCCGGCUCCCGAAGCUCGCAGUGUUUGAUCUGGAUUACACGCUCUGGCCAUUUUGGGUGGACACACACGUAGAACCCCCGUUCCACAAGAGCAGUGAUGAAAUUGUACGAGACAGGCGAGGCCAAACCAUCCGACUGUACCCAGAAGUGCCUGAAAUCCUGGAACGAUUGCGGGACCUUGGGGUGCUGGUUGCGGCAGCUUCCCGGACAGGUGAAAUUGAAGGGGCAACCCAGCUACUAGAGCUCUUUGACCUUGGCAGACACUUCGUUCAUCAGGAAAUUUAUCCAGGCAGCAAGGUCACACACUUUGAGAGGUUGCAGCUAAAGACCGGAAUCCCUUUUUCCCAGAUGAUCUUCUUUGACGAUGAGAAUCGGAAUAUUGUUGACGUCAGCAAACUGGGUGUUACCUGCAUUUAUGUCCAGAAUGGAAUGAGUCUACAAACCCUCACUCAAGGAUUAGAGACUUUUGCAAAGGUCUCUAAAGCUGGACCCUGAGGGUCAGUGCUGUGGGUGAGCCUCAUUUGGGGCAUAAAGCUGAAUGGAACACAGGAAAGCUUUUUUUCAGAUGUAUAUGUAAAUUAUUAAAGUGUAUUUGUGUGUGACAGAAGAGAUCUCACCCACAGUGGGUUAUUUUUCUAGUGUGUGAACCCAGGGUUGGCUAUCCGAAGAUGCCAAGACCAAAGCGUGAGGCAUUAAACUGCAUCAGGUUCUGCCUUGUAAACUUGUGGUAAACCAGAAACUGAUCCCCUUGCACUCGCCCCAUCUCCACCCACUUUCCUGAGCUCUGUAAAGGGCGUGAAGAACUCUUCCACUGGCUCCAAGUAGUGUGGUGCGUU